AUGUCACAAGCUGACGUCUCUUAUUGUUGUGGCUCUUGUGGAUACCCUCUAAACUUGACAUCAUCAAAUAGAAUCACUUCUGACUCUGCAUCUAAAUAUCAAAAGUCAGUUAAGAAAGGAUCAAUCAUUUUUGCUUCAAUUGAUCUCAGCCGAUUUACGCGGAUUGACGAAAUAGGUUGUUUUCCUGUCUCAUUGUUUAAUCGAUCAAAGACUAAACUGCUUUGCCGUAAAUGUGGGGUUCAUAUUGGUUAUGGUUAUGGUGGAGAAUCACAUGCUCUUUGUGGAUUUGAGUAUCCUACUUCAUCUAGCUCUCAGAGGAAAUACGCAAUAAAGAUUCACUCAUUACAGCCUUCUUCAGAAGAGUCUUGA